AUGUCAAGACCUGCUGGAAGAACUAUUUUGGCGUCUACCAUCGCCAAACCUUUUCAAGAAGAAGUCAUCUCGGCUGUAAAGAAAUUGAACUUCAAACCAACCUUGGUGGGCCUCUUAGCAAAUGAGGACCCAGCUGCUAAAAUGUACGCCAAUUGGACAAGCAAAACUUGUGAAUCCUUGGGCUUCAAUUACAAAUUGAUUGAGGUGAACAAAAAUGAGUUGGAAACGUCGUUGAUCAAAGCCAAUAGAGACGAUGAUGUAAAUGGUAUUAUGGUUUAUUUUCCAGUGUUCGGAGACAAGCAAGACCAAUAUUUGCAACAGUUGAUUUCUCCUGAGAAGGAUGUUGAAGGGUUGAAUUUCUUAUACUACCACAAUCUUUAUCAUAACGUGAGGUUUUUAGAUCCACCUAGGAACCAACAAAAAUCGAUCUUGCCCUGUACCCCUCUUGCAAUGGUCAAGAUAUUGGAAUAUUUGGGUGUUUAUAACAAAAUCUUACCAUACGGGAACCGUUUGUAUGGGAAAAAGAUUUUAGUUGUUAACAGAUCGGAAAUAGUAGGAAGACCAUUGGCAGCUCUACUUGCAAAUGAUGGUGCCACUGUAUAUUCUGUCGAUAUAAACAACAUACAACAAUUUACACGUGGUGAUGAUUUGCUGGAACACAGACAUUUGGUUGUUGAUUUGAACGGUGACGACUACACCGUGGAGAAGCUUGCACCUCAAUGUGACGUUAUAAUCACCGGUGUCCCAUCCGAAAACUACAAAUUUCCCACCAAUCUCGUGAGACAUGGAACAAUAGUGAUCAAUUUUUCAAGUUCAAAAAAUUUCGACGAUGAAAUCAAACAAAAAGCUGGUUUGUAUGUGCCUUCAAUUGGUAAAGUCACAAUUGCUAUCCUACUUAGAAACUUGAUACGGUUGAUCGAUAAUAAGAAGAUCAGAGCAAACGAGGCCAAUGAAGAAACAUCAAGAUAG